AACCAAAUGUUAUGCUCGUCAGGAAUGAGAGGAAACGAGCGAGAUCUCUUCUCGAUCUGACUGCAAGCUCUUUCUCCUCCGAAUCAUUCGAUUGGAAAGAAGCCGCAAGGGCCAUCAAAGUCGCCGGCGCAGCCAGGGACCUCGCCCGCUCUCGAAUCAUCCACGCCCAAAUCAGCGCGAGCAAGACUAACGGAGGCGAUCGAUUCCUACUCAAUCUCCUCAUCGAGAGCUAUGGAAAAUGCCACAGCGCUGCCGAGGCAUUGGCGGUGUUCCAAUCGAUGCCAAUGCCCAACACAUUCUCCUAUAAUCUCCUUAUCACAGCAUUUGCCCAGAACGGGCAUUUGGAGGAGGCCAGAUCCACGUUCGAGGAGCUCCCGCUCAAGAGCGUGAUCUCAUGGACGGCCAUGAUCACUGCCUACGCCAAUGCCGGACACGUGGACGUUGCGCGAUCGUUCUUUGAUAGAAUGCCACAGCCCAAUCUCGUCUCCUGGACCGCCAUUCUCCAGGGCUAUGCCCUAGCUGGGGAUCUUGAGGGCGCGCGUCAGAUCUUCUACUCCAUGCCGGAGGAUCGCGAUGCCGUGGCUGUCAACGCGAUGAUCGUCGCCUACGCGGACAGCGGCCACACGGUCGAGGCACGGGGCUUGUUCGAUGGGAUCGUCCAGGGUAGGGAUUUGGUUUCUUGGAACACGAUGAUCCAGUCGUACGCGACGAGCGGGCGAGUGGAAUCGUCUCGAUGGAUCUUUGAGAGAAUGCCGGCCAGGGAUGUGUUCUCGUGGACGGCGCUGCUCACAGUGAACGCCCAGGUGGGUGGAGCGGUGGAGUGCCGCCGGAUCUUCGACGCCAUGCCGGGGAAGAAUCUGGUCUCGUGGAAUGGGAUGCUACUGGGCUACAGCCAAUCCGGCCAGGCGGAUCUCGCGAGAGUCUUGCUCGAGAGAAUGCCGUGCUGGGACGAGAAUUCGUGGAACACGGUGAUCACAGCGCUUGGGCAGGGUGGAGAGAUGGACGCUGCCAGGGAUCUGCUAGAGAAGUACCAGGAUUUAGGAAGCGUGGUGGUGUGGAGCGCGCUUGUCAAGGGAUUUGCCUUGAAUGGGUAUCUUGAAGAGGCUGAGAAGCUCUUUUACUCGAGGCUGGAUCUAGACACAGUGGCCUGGACGUCGAUGCUCGCUGCUUACGCGCUCAAAGGACUGAUGGACAGAGCUAGAGAAACUUUCGAUCGAAUGCCCAGCAAGGACGUGGUAGCGUUCACAGCCUUGAUCCAUGGAUAUGCCCAGAACGGGCAUAUUGCCGAGGCUCGUCGUGUCUUCUCACGAAUGCCCAAGAACAGUGCUCUCUCUUGGACAACGAUGAUUCAAGCGCUCGGACAGGCCGGCCAGCUCCAGGAAGCUCGGACGCUCUUCGAUGCCACUCCCCAGCAGUGUGUGAUCUCCUGGACAACGAUGAUCCAAGCCUAUGCUAGCAGCGGCAUGGACGACGAGUCUCUGGAGCUCUUCCGGUUACUGGAUCAAGCUGGGCUGAGGCCAAACACGAUCACGUAUCUGGGAGUUCUCACUGCUUGCUCUCAUGCUGGGCUCGUCGACGAUGGCCAUUACUACUUCGUCUCCAUGUCCAGGGACCAGGAGAUUGUUCCAAGCGUGGAGCAUUUCCAUUGCAUGGUGGACAUCCUUGCUCGGUCUGGACGCGUGAGAGAUGCCGUGGAGCUCGUCGAGAGUAUGCCUUUUGUGCCCGACUCCAUGGCAUUGACGACGCUGCUCAAUUCUUGUCGAGCGGAUGGUGAUGUUGGUCGUGGAGCCUCGGUUGCGGAGUCACUUCUUAGAAGCCAUCCGGAGAACACGUCGGGAUACUCGCUUCUGGCAGGGAUUUUUGCUGGAGCUACAGAGGAGGCCUGAGAAUUUCGGAAGAAUCAGUGGCUAUGGACGAACCAACCAGUGGUUUAGACAGGUGACAUGGAGGUUGCUUUCUAGAAGGCUCAGCGCUAGGACAAUUGCGUCUUGGGAGCGCAAUUGUGACACCAAAAGGAUCAAAACUUUGCUUCACUUCAUUGCG